ACCGCUGCCAGCUGAGUUUGUCCACUCUUGCAAGCAAGGGGAAUAGGGAAUCAAUUUCUGUGCCUUGGAAACGAAAACUGACCAAAGAGAAAGAGACCCGUCAUCUCCAGUUGUUAUUAUGAAAACAACCAACGCAAUAAGGGAUAUUUAUCGUUAAUCAAAGAUUUAGAACCCUAUGCACAGCACACUGAGUCGAGAAUUUUCGAAUAGAAGACCCCGUAGCCCAAUGUGACGCAGCUACAUCGCGAUAAUAAAAAUCGCAACCAUAACAAAGUAUAAUGAAGCACAAGUGGCUGUUACUGGUGCUGGCCGCAGUGUGCGUGAGUCGGGUCUUGGCCCAGAACGACCGUCUGCAAAGAGCUGUCCGCAAUAAGGAUGGCAUUCUAAAAAUCAAAGAGGAGGGAUUUUUUGAUGGUGAAGACGAUGACGGCGACGAGCCGGUCACACUGAGCGCCGAAGCCAUCCAAAUAGUGCAAGCACCUGAUCUCUCUGGGGGCCCUUCCGAUGAAGAGGGCAACGGCGAGUUGGAAGCUGACGAGGAGCUUCCUGAGGAAGCCGCCCCUGAAACGACUGAAGCACCAAAAGAAUUAUCCCCUGAGGAAAUAAAAGCCAAUGAGUUGUUCAAUAAUGCUUGGGCAAUGCUGAAUGCAACAAGACCAAACAAAAAGGUGGCGUACAAUUUGCUGCAAAGCGCUGCCGACCUGGGCCACGUCAGAGCCCAAGCAAAGUUAGGCUGGGCUUACUUGCUGGGCUCCCCAUUCGAGCAGAAUAUCACAAAGGCUGUGGAAAUUUUCCAGGAGCUUGCACAGCAAGGAGAUCCAGACAGCCAACUGGGCCUUGGAUUUUUGUACGCCUCUGGUUUGGGGGUUCAGGCGAGUCAAUCAAAAGCACUACUCUACUACACUUUUGCUGCUCUUGGCAAGAACACAUUUGCGCAAAUGGCUCUUGGCUACAGGUAUUGGGUCGGCGUUUCGGUGACUUCAAGUUGCGAAAUGGCGCUCAACCACUACAGACAAGUCGCCAAUUCUGUUGCUGAAGAGGUUUCCUUGUCUGGCGGGGCUGCGGUGCAGAGGGUCAGGCUGUUGGACGAGAUGGAGACACCUGGCUACAACUCUGGCAUCCUGGAUAAUGAUUUGAUGGAAUACUACCAGCUGCUGGCUGAGAAGGGGGACGUUCAGGCCCAAGUCGGGCUGGGCCAGCUUCACUACCAGGGAGGACGCGGCGUGCAGCAAGAUCCGCAACGAGCCCUCCACUACUUCCUGCAAGCGGCUGAUGCUGGAAACCCUGUGGCCAUGGCUUUUCUUGGAAAGAUUUACUUGGAGGGCUCCGAUCUGGUGAAGCAAGACAACGACACAGCUUACAAGUAUUUCAAGAAAGCUGCCGACCUGGGCAACCCUGUGGGACAGUCAGGGCUUGGUCUGAUGUACCUGCAUGGCAAAGGUGUCAACAAGGACUACACUAUGGCCCAGAAAUACUUCACGAUGGCCGCCGACCAGGGUUGGGUGGACGGCCAGCUGCAGUUGGGCAACAUGUAUUUCAGUGGCUUGGGUGUCAGGAAAGACUACAAACUAGCCAAUAAGUACUUCAGCCUGGCUUCCCAGUCCGGACAUGUCCUCGCCUUCUACAACUUGGCCCAAAUGCACGCUGCCGGCACAGGAAUGAUGCGCUCCUGUCCCACCGCAGUGGAGCUCUUCAAAAACGUGGCGGAGCGAGGAAAGUGGGGUGAGAAGUUAAUGGAAGCCCACAACCACUAUCGCGAAGGACGAGUUGACGAAUCAUUUGUGACGUACGCCUUUUUAGCAGAACUCGGAUAUGAAGUGGCUCAAAGCAAUGCUGCAUUCAUUUUGGACAGAGAUGAAGUGGAACUUUUCCCGACAAACGAAUCUUUGGUGCGAGCCCUUCGUUACUGGGGCCGAGCCGCAGCCCAGGGGUCUGGAACCGCGCAAGUCAAGCUGGGCGACUAUCACUACUACGGUUUGGGCACCCCGGUUGAUUACGAGGCGGCCGCCGCGCACUACAGGCUGGCGUCUGAUCAACAAAACAACGCGCAGGCCAUGUUCAACCUGGGAUACAUGCAUGAACAGGGUCUCGGAAUGUCUCAGGACAUGCAUUUGGCCAAGCGUUGCUAUGAUUUAGCUGCGGAGACGAGUCCUGACGCGAAAGUUCCUGUCACGCUAGCCCUCAUGAAGUUAUCCCUUGUCUUCGGUUUGAAUUAUUUCCAAGAGGGUGGCUGGCAAGAUUGGAUCCUGUUGCUCCAAAUCGAUCGCGCUUUGGGGCCAAAUUGGGACCUUUACUUGAUAUCAUGUCUCGUGGCCGCGCUGGCUCUCCUGGUGUACCUGCGAAGACCUCCUCAGCCGUAGAGACAGUGACUGUUUAAAAUACGAUGGAUUUUUACAAACGAGUUUAAAGCGAAAGUGCGGGCCUGAGCUGCUGAGUGGAGUUCAGUUGGUCCUCAGUUGGCCUCGUUUCACAUUUUUUGCGCGCGGGGUUGCGUGAACCGUGCAUGUUAAAUCUGGAAAUUGUGCGAAGCAGCGAAUUUGGCCAAAGGUUUUGAAACCUUAUGUGAUUUGGUUUGUUGACUUUUUAUUGUUCUUAUGUUUCUGCGUUAAUUUUUGGAAUUUCUGCUCUCGCGGCGACAGGGGCGUCGUCUGCUCGAACUGAAAUCCCUAAAAUUAUGUUCUCCAAUGAUUGUUGUGAAAUUUCCUUGGAUGCGCACUGUGUAAAAUGAAUAUAAAAGUGAUUGAAAUAAUAGAA